AUGCCUUUUUCUUUCGCUGAGAACCCGCAGGGCACCAUCUACUUCUCCAUCUGUUGUUUCUUUCAAGUGCUGUCGUUUGCCGCAACAGGAUUGCGGCUAUGGGGACGAAAACUCCAGCGGAUACCGCUGCAGGUCAACGACUAUGCCAUCCUGGCUGCCCUGGCUUUGACAGUCGCCAACAUCGGCGUAUUGGGCGCAUCCGUCAGACAUGGAAUGGGCGUCAACAUCGCGAAGGUGGGCCCCGAAGAUCUGGUCACUUUUGUCAAGCUGCAGACCGUUAUUACCGUGACCUGGGAGUGGGCUAUUUUCGCCAUUAGGAUCUCGAUACUCGACCUCUACAUCAAGAUUUUCCGCAUCCCAUGGUUCAUCAAAGUCUGCUAUGCUUACCUGGCAUUCCAAGUCGCCUUCAUCCUCUCCAUGUUCUUAACCACCAUGCUGCUCUGCAGACCUUUCAGGUACCAGUGGGACAAGACGGUUCCAGGCGGCGUCUGCGGAGACCUGAUUGCCAGCUACUAUGCCACUCACAUCACCAUCCUGCUCACCGACGUGAUCACCGCCGUCCUCCCCAUCCCCGUUCUCUGGAAACUCAAUAUGAACACCCGGAAAAAGAUUGGCAUCUCUCUCAUGUUCAUGCUCGGAACCGUCAUCGUCACCUUCAACAUCAUCCGCCUCGCGUGGACCGAUAAAGUCAAGAGCCCAGACAUAACCUACGCCUACGCCAUCCUCUUCUGCUUCAGCGAGCUCGAGAUCCAGCUCGGGCUGAUCCUCGCCUCGGUGCCUCUCAUGCAGCCGGUCCUGCACAAGUAUCUGGGCGUCGGGUUCCCCGGCAAAUCUCCCACAGCCCGCUCGCACAACAAAAGCGGCGCCAGCACCAAUCCGAUCCAGCUGGGGACAAUUGGGUCGACCCGCACCCGCAAGUACAAUAACAUCCUGGAGACGGAAAGUGCCCGGGAGUUCGAUUUAGAUGAGGAGGACGAGGGGGAUGCGGAGAGUGCCAGCCGCAUCUCCCCUAACCUCGGCAAGAUUUCUGUCACGCUGGACUGGGAGAUCAGACAUGAGACUGGUCCUGGUCAGGAGAAGAUGACGCGUUGAUGUUGGUCUAUUUGUUGGCAGCGAGCAUAGCGUUAUCUGGGUGGGAUUUUCCUAUAAAAGUUAUAGAUGUAACAGUACGGACUUGGUUACAGGAGCAGGCUCUAUUUGAGGCUACAAGAAUAUUACCUUUGUAAGCUAAGGAGGGAAGAGUUGCAAAGAGCAGAGGUUUUGCCUUAGCUUGAUCAGAACCGCCUGGGCGUGGGUGUUCCUUGAGAAGGUGCUGGGCCUGAUCUGGACCCGACACCAUAGGUGAUCCAACAGCGUUCCGAAGGGCUUGCAGUGGAAAGACGUGCCCUUUUGUAUGAUAGAACAUACCAGGAGCCCCAAAACUCCAUGCCCUCAGCACUGCCUUGCUGCCAGAGUUACCGUUAUAUUAAAAUAAAUCACUUGAAC